AUGUCUCUCUCUCCCUGCCGGGCCCGGAGGGGCUUCAGUGCUCGCUCAGCCUGUUCUGCCCAAUCGGUGGGCCGAAGCAGGGCUGGCUUCAGCAGCAGGAGCCUCAGUUCCUUUCGGGGGUGCCGAGGAGGCUCUCGUGGAAGGACCUGGGGUUCGUGGGGAAGGUUAGGGGUGUGGCUUGGGGAGGGGAGUGGUGGGCCUGGGCUUUCCUUGUGCCCUCCGGGAGGCAUCCAGCAAGUGACCAUCAACCAGAGUCUUCUGACCCCACCGAAGAUUGAGAUCGACCCCCAGUUCCAAGUGGUUCGGACUCAGGAGACCCAACAGAUCAGAGUCCUCAACAACCAGUUUGCUUCUUUCAUUGACAAGGUGAGGUUCCUGGAGCAGCAGAACAAGGUCCUGAAAACCAAGUGGCACUUGCUGCAGCAGCAGGGGUCGAGUGACAGACCCCAGGGCCUGGAGUCUUUCUUCGAGGCCUAUCUGGUCCAGCUCAAGACACAGCUGGAGCGGCUGCAGAGGGAACGAGGGUCUCUGGACGCCGAGCUGAAGUCCUGCCAGGGCCAGGAGGAGGAGUAUAAAGCUAAGUAUGAGUGUGAGGCCCAUAAGCGUGCCACACUGGAGAAUGACUUUGUGGUCCUCAAAAAGGAUGCAGACGGGGUUCUCCUGAGCAAGAUGGAGAUGGAAAGCAAGGUGGAGGAUCUGAAAGAGUACAUCUGCUUCCUGAAACAUCUCUAUGAAGAAGAGCUGGGCCAGCUGCAGACCCAGGCCAGUGACAUGUCCGUGGUGUUGUCCAUGGACAACAACCGCUGCCUGGACUUCAGAGACCUCAUCGCCGAGGUCCGAGCCCGGUAUGAGGAGAUCACCCGGACCAGCAAAGCUGAAGCCGAGCUGCUGUACCAGACCAAGUACCGGGAGCUUCAGGCAUGUGCCCAGCUUCAUGGGAACAGCAUGAAGGAAACCAAAGUCCAGAUCACUCAGCUGCAGCAGACAAUUAAGAAGCUGCAGAGUCAGAUUGAGAACGUCAAGAAUCAGAACGCCAGCCUGCAGGUUGCCAUUGUUGAUGCUGAGCAGCGUGGGGACCUGGCCCUCAAGGAUGCUCAGACCAAGCUGGCCGAGCUGGAGGCCGCCCUGAGAACUGCCAAGCAGGACAUCGCGCGACUGCUGCGUGACUACCAGGAGCUGAUGAGCGUGAAGCUGUCCCUGGAUGUGGAGAUUGCCACCUACUGCCAGCUGCUGCAGGGCGAGGAGUGCAGGAUGUCUGGGGAAUGCGCCAGCCAGGUGACUGUCUCUGUUGGGGGAGGCAGCACCGUCGUGUCUGGAGGAGCAGAUGGUGGCCUGGUGGGCACUUGUGGACUUGGAGGCGGGAAAGGCAGCUUUGGGUCUAGUUGCUCCAUCAUUGUGACUGGUGGCUCUAGCAUCAUCCUGGGCUCUGGGCAGGGCCCUGUUGUGGGCUCUAGCUCUGUGUCGGGCUCUUCCUCUUGCUCCACCAGCCACACUAUCCUGAAGAAGACGGUUGAGUCAAGUCUGAAAACGUCUGUCACAUACUGA